AUGGGACGCUACGGCAACCCGAGUGGGACGCUACGGCAGCCCGAGUGGGACGCUACGGCAACCCGAGUGGGAGGCUACGGCAACCCGAGUGGGAGGCUACGGCAACCCGAGUGGGACGCUACUGCAACCCGAGUGGGACGCUACGGCAACCCGAGUGGGACGCUACGGCAACCCGAGUGGGACGCUACUGCAACCCGAGUGGGAUGCUACGGCAACCCGAGUGGGACUCUACGGCAACCCGAGUGGGACGCUACUGCAACCCGAGUGGGACGCUACGGCAGCCCGAGUGGGACGCUACGGCAGCCCGAGUGGGACGCUACGGCAGCCCGAGUGGGACGCUACGGCAACCCGAGUGGGACGCUACGGCAACCCGAGUGGGACGCUACGGCAGCCCGAGUGGGACGCUACGGCAACCCGAGUGGGAUGCUACGGCAGAGGGAGAGUUUUCCCUCUAAACUAGUGGAUUAA